AUGUCGCUUUCACCUGAUGCUUACCAUGGCUUACGCCAACGUCAAGCGUCUUUGCGAGCGCAAUGUCCUCAACUCAAAAUGAUGGAACUUCGGGCACAUACUAAUACUGUUGCUGACUACCACCACACUAUUUUACUACACCACUUGAAACUGGAGCAGACUACAAGACCUCAGCCACAGUCUAUCGCUAUGCAACCUGAAAUCAGGUUACGGAUGAGACCAAUGCUUUUGGAUCAUCUUGUCGACAUAUUCUUACAAUUCAAGCUCAGUUAUGUCACAUUUUUCUUGACAGUUAACUUACUUGAUCGCUACACAUCCCUGCGAGUGGUCAGAAAGCAACACUACCAGCUAUUGGGACUGACGUGCCUGUGGAUAGCAGCAAAGUACUCAGAGAAGAAGACACGCGUACCUACGGUUCAUGAUCUUACCAGGUUGUGUUUGAAUACAUACUCCAAAACCUUGUUCUUGGAGAUGGAAUCUCAUAUUUUGAAAAGCUUAGAUUGGAACAUUGGGUUCAGCACUCAUAACGUUUUUCUUGAUCUUGUACUUCAAGAACAACCUGAUAUAGUCUCCAAUACACCCCACAAUUUGCACGAUCUCAAAAUGGGUGCUAUCUAUUUAUGUGAGUUAGCUCAAUUCCAUCCGAGAAUCUGUUUUCAUUACUCUGCGAGUGCCAUUGCUGUUGCUGCUCUUGCUUUAGUGGUAGAUGCUAUUGGUAUAGCGCCACUGGUUGGUGGUCCUCUGGUAGCACGAUUAGAUGCUGAUCUUCCCCAUCAUUUGCUGGCUCUUGUCGCAUGCCCGCCACCAAGUUUGCGAGUGAAGUAUGCUUCCCCGGGUUAUGCUAUCAAUGCUCUUCAUUGCCAUCACCAGGUUCAGACAUUAGUUCCUUCACCUCGAUCUUCUCCUGUUUCUGUUAGAUCCAGUUUUACCCCGUAUGCGUCUCCGGUUUCAUCUGUUGCCUCCUCUGCAGGCACCAUUUCACCGUACCACUAUGACAUAGCACUUGAGGAAAAGAAGAGGCAGUCUGCGGAUUCGGAAUAUUUUCGGUCUGAACAGAAAAAAAUGCGACAAUUCUAG